GGGGGUGUUGGGGUGAACAAACCGAGCGCUCCCUCCUAACGCCGCAUCCAGCUAAACAAAGCAUGUCAUCACCCCGCGCCUUUGUUGUCAGACUGCGACCGUCCAUCGGCCCCAGCUAGCAUCACCGACCCGCUCUGCAGGAGGCGCACAGAGAAGAAGAACUCGCUCAAUAAUGAUCCGUGUUACGUUUCCACGCAGCUGAAUCCUCCCGACAGUGGGGUCAGAGGCGGGUCGAGCUGAAGGAACCAGCCGCUGUUUGAGGAAGGUUAGACAGAACGAGGAGAGUCCACAUGUCGUCGGCAGCAGAGACGGUGGAAAAUGCCUCCAUCAUUUCAGAGAGUGUGUCCCAUGAUGGAAACCGCUUGUGGCUAGGCAACAUCGAUCCCAAAAUCACAGAGUAUCACCUGGUGAAGUUGUUGGAGAGGUUUGGGGAGGUGAAACAGUUUGACUUCCUGUUCCACAAGUCGGGGCCUUUAGAGGGACAGCCACGGGGCUACUGCUUUGUCAACUUCAGCACCAGAGAGGAGGCAGAGCGGGCGAUCCAGUGUUUAAAUGGGAAGCUAGCUUUGUCCAAGAAGCUGGUUGUGCGAUGGGCGCACGCACAGGUGAGGAGGUUUGAAGGUUUCCGUAACGACAAGACGAUGCCUCCGAGCCUGGAGCCGUCGUCGAGCGGUGCCGGAGAGGACGGAGCCUUAACAGCCAAUCACCUCAGCACGAGUGCUAAAAUCCGCGCCAUCGAGGCCAAGCUCCAGAUGAUGGAUGAGAACCCAGACGAUGACUACUCGGGCCCGUCGGCCUACGUUCACAACAAACCGCCAGAGAGGAAACGAUGGGAGCCCUACAAUAAAUCCCACCACAACAACCAGAGCAGGCCCUUCCGCAAGUUUAGGAGAUGACCCCAUGCUCCGAGACAACCCCCACCACCACCACAGCUCAGCCCCCCUGCCUACACACAAACAGACUCUAUACAGUAGAUAUUAUACAGACUUUAUCUGGGAAUAAAAGAUUUUUGAAGUUGUUCCUUUCAGAACUUUGACUCUUUUAGGAGUAAUCAUGGAGAAGUACCUAAAGUGUUUUAUUAUUAGGGCCUAAGCACUCAGCACGGACCCUAUUGGAAUUGCUUCGAUCAUUAUUAUUAUGAUUAUUUUUGGUUACAGUACAUAAUUAGUUAUCAUUUAGUCUUCAAUGACGCCCCCAAACCUGACUGCUGUACAGGUUGGAUCCCUCACCACUCUCGUGCUUUCACUUUGUUACAGAGACUUAACACAGGUGCAUCAUCCAGCUGUGGUUUGCAGGCACUAAAGGAAAGAGAAAUUAUUAUUAUUAUUAGAUUCUGGGUUUUUUUUUUACUUCCAGAUCAAAUUAUUUAAAUGAGAGGUCCUCACUUUUCAGUGUUUGUCUUGAUUCAAGACGUCAAACCAGGAGAAAGCAAAUAGGAUUUAUAACGGGUUUGUAUUAAUGGAGUUUAAAUGAGAAGCCACUCAGCGACAAUUAGUGUGAGCAGCAGUUUGUUACGUGUAAAGUGUCGUGUUUUUCCCCCGAAUAAUUUGCUCUUUUUCUUUUUUUUUCUUGAAUCCAAUUUUUCUACGACUGCAGUCCAAUCAUUUUUACAAACGUUAUGUGGCAUGGAGAUUGUUUUUAUUUUCAUUUUCAAUUAAAGGUAAUUGAAUAUCUCAUCCGCAGCGUGUGGUUUCAUGACAUUUUAUAGGUUGUACGCAAGAUUCAGUUAAAUGAGUUGUGCUGUUAUAGCAACAUUAAAAUGCCCUCAGCCCGAAACGCUGUUGCUGAUAUUAAAGAAUAGGAUCUUAAGAAAUGCGGUAACCUCGCUUCACCUCUUUAAAAUACAAAUAAAAGCAGAUCCACUGUUAUUCAGCGUGGAUCAUAAAUGUUUUCCACCACAUAGAAUUACCAUGACGUCCCACAUUUUCUGUAAUAAUUGAUUAAUCCUGGUUAUUUUAAACACUGAUUAUGUUUUAAGCCCCAUUUCCUUCUUUUUUUCUACUGGAAUAUUAAAUAUUUUCUUAAUUUGUGCUAUCCCCAAAAACAUUUGAGUCAAUAAUUUCAAUCCUUUUGAGGCUGACUGAAUGUGGGUUUAAUCUUGUUUUGUGUGUUGUUCUACUGGAGCACAGGGAUGUUGUUGAUGUGAUCUGAAUUGUGUGACCUGCAGUGCGAGGCUGUAAAAAAAAAAAUCAUUUUCAGGGCAAAAAUAUAUUUUAACUAAUAAUAUUUAACUUGCAUCUUAAUAUGAAAGAUAAAUAACACUGCAGCAGGGAGACGGAUCGAUAACAAGAUGACAGAACAUUAUUUCACGCGCGCUGGAGAAACCAAAUCCUACCUCUUGACAUCAUCCACUCGUUUCCUGUUCUGAUUUCUUUGUUGUUGUAAAUUCACCAGAUCGCAGAAUAUCUCUGAUGUUCGUCAGAUCAGCUGAACGGUUCCUUUGUGCCAUGUGUGCGCAUUUAUCUGUUUUCAAAAUAAAGGCCCCGUUCGUUCAAA